GACGCCAGUUCAGCUGAAACAUUUGUAACGUCCAUGCCUUCUUAAUAAUCUUGUUAUUGAAACUGAAUAUCAUAUUAUUGUGGGUAAGGGAUAUUGUGUUUUCUGUUGGCUGAGAUAUGUGUUUGCGACCAGACAGGAAGGUAGGGAAAGUGUUGUAUUGAUUCAUACACUGUAUUUGACAUUUUCUGAAAUUCGUCUUGACACGGGGAGUCUAGAGAAAAGACAAACAGACAAAUGAAAUUACGCAUAACAUCUCAUAACUCUCAGUCGGAACUAAUACUAGAAGGAACUUUUAAUGUCAUAGCUGAGCUCACUGGUUUCGUAUUCAGAAAUCAAAUAGUGGAUAUAAAGGAUUUCCUUUAAGAUUUAAUGUGUAUCAAGAUAUUUAAACAGAGCUACAUCUUAUGUUUCUAAUAUUUACAUAUUAAGACAAAAUUAGGUAUAAGGUAGUUGUGCACAUCUGAGCAAAUUAAUUUUCUAUAACGUGGAAAAUUUAUAGCGAGAUUGUGAGAUAAGUUGUGACGACCUGGUAAAAAACAAGAAAAGGUUAGACAAGAUGUUUCCUCGAACUACAACGCAAAUCAAGUCCUAAUAUACUGACACAAACUGGAGUUUUCUAUGGGAAUACGUUCAGUAUUGAAUAUUGGCGUAUACAUUCCUCCCACACACCUCUCGCGGUGGUUAUAUAACACGCUCAGAGACGGAACGAUUUAAUUAUUCUGUAUAACGUACAAACAACGACUAAAAGGAAUCCAUAGCACAAAAAGACGAAGGCUUCACAUUAUUUGCACAAAUUGUAGGGACUUUUAUCGACAGUCAACCGCGGUCAUGAACAAAAGUCUGCAUUCGUCGAGCAAACUAAUUUAUGGCUAUAAAACAAUACUGAAACAACGCUCCUUCAAUAGCCGGAAUAAGUCAAGCUACAGGGAAAAUGAAUAUCUCUCAUUCUCGCUGACAAAUUGUUUUGGACAACUAUAUAACAAUAACCAUUCUGACGGUACCAAAUGGCAUAUGUAUCAGUGUUUGUAUUGACAUAGGAUGUGAAGAGUUUACAACGGGGAGCUGAACGUAUUGAAAAUGCUGGCCGUAGCCAUACGAAACGAGAAGACUAGCGCUACAAUCAUUGGAUUUGAGAUCAUGUUCUGCUGUGCUUUCCCGAUCAAUAAUCCCAUGUUUAAUUUUCUUGUACUAAUUGUAAUGUCACACAGUGAAAACAUAUCUGACUGAAAAAUAUAGCAGACAAAAUGAUCGCUUAGCAAGAGGAUAAACGGACACAAAGGGAAAUAAAUUCAUAAUCUGACGAUUCAAUAGCUAGUGUUUAUAUGGGAGUAUUACAUUACAUUGUAAAUAAUUAAAAAUACUACAUAUACCGUCUAUGACAAUUUAAUACCAUUUCACUGCUAAGAGCUGUUCUCCAGACAGUGUGAGUCGAAACAGAAAUGUUUUGCCAAUGAUAAUUAUCAAAUUCUGACAGAGAUAUCGGUAAGUCAAGCGUGGAAUAAUGAUGCAGAAUGGCAGAUUAAGACCAGAAAUUUCUAUUGAAAGUGAGAAAAUUCCUUUAAGUACAAAUAAGUCAGAACCGGAAUAUAUUACUCUCGAAGAGGUAAAUCAGAAGAUAUUCGAAACACAACUUUCCGAAGAAGAAGAGAGAAUUGUUCUCAAUGUAGGUGGAGUGAGGCACGAGACACAUGUUAGCACGUUGCAAAACAUUCCUGACACGCGACUUUCAAAUUUAGCUGAACGGCACGUGUUUGCCGAGCAACAAAAGGAUGUCUACUUCUUUGAUAGACACCCAGCCGUAUUCAACUCAGUUAUUGACUUUUACAGAACUGGUGAGCUACAUGUGCCUCUUGAAGUGUGUGGUGCUGUAGUUAAACGCGAGCUGGAUUACUGGCAGAUUAAUGAGAACCAUAUAAAGUCUUGUUGCUGGAGGACGUACAGGUCCUAUAUUGAGAAUAAAAGAAUCUUAGACUCGUUCAAUCGCAGCAUUCUGAAAGAGCAUGUUAAAGUGGAUCUAGACAACUUGCAGGGCUGGAAAAAGUUUCAAACAAAAGUAUGGCUAAUACUUGAGCAUCCGCGAACAUCCAGAACUGCAAUGGUGUAUGGCGUGAUAUCUCUGUUAUUUGUUGUCGUAUCAAUAUCUGGGUUCUGUUUGGAGACACUACCACAAUUGAAACCAAAGGUGAAGGCCUUCAAUACUACAGCCGAAGCCAAUGAGAGUCGAGGAGGCUGCGAGGGUGACACAAGUGUCAAGUAUCUACUAACGCCCAACCCAGCUUUACAAAUUGUAGAUACUAUCUGUACAAUAUAUUUUACCAUAGAGCUUAUUGUGCGAUUUACUUUCGCACUGAACAAACGCCGUUUUGUUCGAUCCGCUAUGAAUAUUAUUGACCUUCUCGCACUGGUGCCUCUUUACAUGCAGCUUAUUCUCAACAUGGAAAGUUUUAAAUUCUGUUUUGUGAACGAAAGACUUAUGAUAGAGAUUAUGUUUAUUUUACGUAUUAUUAGAAUGUUUCGUAUUUUUCAUCUAGUGAAGCACUACCAGGCUCUGCAGAUCUUGGUUUAUGCUCUAAAGGCCAGUAUACAGGAGUUGCUCAUGCUAGGUAUAUUUCUGUUAAUCGGAAUGUUGGUGUUUGCUACAAUGAUUUACUAUGCAGAAAGAAAGGAUGCUGUGAAUCCAAGUGAACAAUUUACAACAAUUCCGAUAGGUUUCUGGUGGGCUAUUAUAACCAUGACCACACUAGGUUAUGGAGAUAUAUUUCCCACGACACCCGUUGGUUAUGUAGUUGGAGCGUCAUGCGCAGUAAGUGGUGUGCUUCUCGUCGCUCUUACAUUUCCGGUUAUAUCUAACAACUUUACACUAUUUUAUACACAUGUUCGUUCUCGGAGUGGCCGUAUUGAUCCAAAUAAACCCCUUGCGUCUUCUUCAAGUGACCCAGGUAUUUAUGAAUCUGACGAUGAAGAUGAAAACAAACUUCUGUAUCAAAAUGCCAGACGCACUUCAAACGGGUCUAUUAUCUUAAAUAAUCGCAGUUUUGUAAUAUCAAGAAACGUAUCCGGUAUCACGGAUGUUUGCAGUAACGUAGGGCAAAACUGUAAUACCCGUUCCGGGACACACAAGGACGCAAGCUCAAUGAUGGAUGUUAUUGUAAAACGUGACGAUUCGUCUUUGUUCACGAGAACAAGUUCAGUAAAGGCUCAUUCUGACGAUGGUGUUACGUAUACAGCAGAGCCGAAUAUGUUAUAAGCUAUAAAAUUGUAUAUACAUUUUUCUAUUAGAGCAAUUUAUGUCUCUGUAAUUUCCUGCCAAAAUAGGUCGUUGAUUCUUACACAUUCAUUUUGUUGUUUGGAAAAUGCAGAGAGAUAUAGAAUUUUAUGACAGAUGUUUUAGUAAAUCAUUGGAAAACUGAAGUAAAAUAUAUUUGGCAUGUUCACAGAGAAAGAUAUCAAAUGUAUUCUCUACUAAACUGGUUAAACUUACUUAAAACAUGAAGUAGAAAGAAACUAUGUUUGUUGUACAUGUACCAUGUUUACGAUCGAACUAUUUUUCACUCUUGAACACCGUUUUGAUAUUUGAUACAAACAACAUUAAUUGAAUAAUAUGAUAUGACUAAAUAAGAUUUCAAAAAAAUAGCCGAUUUUGAAAGCGUAUUAUCUUUUUCUAUCAUUGUGGCAAAACUUGACUUCACAUAUUCUAAUAUCAAUACUGAUACUAAUGAAAGCAAUAGAAGUACAUAUUCUGUGUCUGUAAAAAUAUGGUAAUGCACGAGUUAUUUUGAUAAAUGUUCUUAAUAUAACUCCCCGCCUCCAUUUUAUUCAAAGGUGCGAUAAUGCCUAUCUUUAUUUGUGUUUUGUGGCAAUGAAAGAAAAUGAAAACGAGUAAUAUUGUAAAAUAUCACUUCUUCACAUUUUCUUUAUCAUAUUCUGUCCGUCUAUUUCAUACCUAGCCGCUGGAUUCAUAAUGCGACAUGGUACAUUUUGGUUUUUACCUUAACUAAAGAAUAAGGAGGGCUGUUCUUCAUUUGACUUAUUACUAAUUAUGUUUUCUAUAGUACUGAUAUCCUUCAUAUUCCCGCUUAUGACCCAUGAUCCAAUGGUAUUUUUAUUUCUGUACCGCUCACACCUACCUGUAUGUCAUGUAAAUUCUCUAUAUCCCUUAUUAUCUUCGCGGCUCCCACUAGCACACUGCUACCCCAACACCUUUCUGUUUUUGUCUGUAUUGUUUUGUAUUUAUUAUACUAACAUGUAUUUUAUUGUUUCUUAUAUUCCCAUAUUCCUCCGCACCUAUCCCCUUCCUCAUUACACCAUCCAGCCAAAAAAUACUUUUUUUUCUUUUCUCACACUUGAUAAUUUAACAAUGAUAUCUUGAUUUCCUUUCCGCAGCUCUUAUUCAUGUAUAUAAUGCUUGAGCCUCUGUAACCUUUCUGAGAUUCUAUCGAAAUGUUAUUACAGAUAUACAUAGAAUGUAUUUGUUAUUUCUUCAGAAUGUGAAAUCUAGCGAGAUUAUUAUUUUUAUAUGAAAAUAUGAAAGAUAAUGUACAAAUAUAGAUGAGAGAAAUGUGUCUUCUUUUGAAAUAAAUUCUUAUACUAAUCUUA